UUCUUGGAUAGGUUGGCACUGACUAGGUUCUCUGUCCUAUUUUCAGGCUCUGCCCAUAUGACAUGGAGGGAAAAAAAGGAGUUGGAAAACAAGAAAGUAGUUUCUCUUGGUGGGAAGCCUCAGAAGAAGCAGAGAUUACCACUAAGUGUAGCACGAGUAAUGAUGAAGAAACAGAAGGAAAGGGAGGAGAAAAUGCAAGAAGAGAAUUUGAUACUUGGACGAUUCGGGGGAAGCAAUGCUAGUAGUUCAAGAAAAGCAGCAGGAAGGCGCAGACCUGAGGAUAGGGUGCUGAAAUCAACUGAAGGUCACUUCAGGAAUGGGGUGCUUGAUGUUAAAGAGUUGUUAAAACCUUCUGCACCUAAAGCAUCAUCAUCUGGUGCGAAAGAGUCUUUUUCUUCUGGUAAUAAAGGGAAGAAGAGAAAGGGUGGUAAAAAGAACAAGGGCAAGAAGAACAAGGGUGGUCCUGGUAAGAAGCGCCAUUAAACGUCAGGAUAGAUUGCAAAUCUUCUUGUUCAUUUUUCUUUAUCGAGUUCUCAGGCAGAUUAGAUCCUAGUGGAUUAUGAGUUUUGACUAAUAUUAUAAAUUUUGAUUUCUGCUAAUUUUUUCUUGCUGCUAAACUAAUGAGUAUAGUUCCUAGUAGUAGAAGGAUGUACUCUUUUUCUUCAACAGAGAAAAUUAACAGAGUCUACCAUCCUUGUAAUUGUAUUAUUGAGGAUAUAUCAAUACUAUAGGUAUUGUUAUUGUUC